GGGAAUUGUGGAGAAGAAGAGGAGUUGGGUGUACGGACACAAAGGCCGUUAGGAGUAUGCACGUAGAAGGAGAGUGUGUUUAGGAUUCUUUCCCCCUUCUGUCAGCAGAGAAGAACUAAUGCUAUCACUCAAAGAUGCCACUUGCACCGAGGCCAUCUACAAGCUGUGCUAAGCUGCAGACCAAGCUGAGCGCCUGGACUCCUUUGAACCACCCACUGUCCAACAGCAAGGUGUUUGAAGAGAGGCGAACCCUUCUGGCCAAGUGGUUUGACAGGUGGUCUGACAGCCAGAGGAAGGCGGUGCUGCAGGACUUUGUGCUGAGCUGUUCAGUGGAGCAGCUGACGUUCCUGAGCCUCAGCGUGAGCAGACGGCUCCCUCUGCAGGCCGCAGACUUCACCUGCCUGCUGCCCAGAGCCCUCUGCCUCUACCUCUUCUCCUUCCUGGACCCACGCAGCCUCUGUCGAUGUGCACAGGUGAGCUGGCACUGGAAGAGCAUAGUGGAACUGGACCAGCUUUGGAUGCCAAAAUGUGUGAGGCUUGGCUGGUGCAUCAACUUUUCCCCCACCCCUCUGGAGCAGGGCGUCUGGAAGAGACACUACAUCCAGACUGUGCAGGAGCUGCGCCUCACCUCGCUGCAGGCUGCCCCAUUUCAGCAGCAGUUUAAGGUUCCACAUGCAUCAGCUGUCAGCAGUAGAUAUGAAGAUCUUUCAGAAGUGGCCUUCAUAAGCGAAGAGCGCCCAGCGUCCACCACCCAGACACUUGGAGGCAUCUCCAGGGCGGGUUUAAGAAAGGAGAAGCAGCCGCCUGCACCGCCACCGUGGAGAGACUCUGACAGAUGUCCCAAAGACACACUACGCUUCAACUACUUGGACAACCUGGACCCCACUGAGCAAGCGCAAGUGAGGAGCAGAGCCUCCACCUGCCGCAGCAACACAUGGAAGCCAGACGCCGUCAGACGGAGCCAGAAAACACUGUCUGAGGCGCAUUACAAACUACGCAAAGCCAAAUCGCUGAUGUUCCUCAGCUUCAACAGCAGAACCCAACAUCCUCCUCCUCCUCCUCCUCAUCAUCCUCAUGAGUCCCAAGCUCGACCCUCUUGGGCAGCUCACAGUCACGACCACGCAGUCACCGCCAAGAGCAUGCUGCACCUGGCCCAGUGGAAUGCUGGGAUCCGUCCAGGGCCAGUGAGGUCAGCAGUGCCACGGCUGAGUAUGGAGGCACUCAGGGCUUCCCAGCGCUCACACCGGAGUGUUCCCAGUACACCACUGUUUGAGGCUCAGCCCUGGACUGCUGCACAUACACAAGGCAAGAAGUGAAGCUCAUGUCCCACAUCAGGAAGACGUCAGAGCAAGGCUCAGAGCUGCAGCUUCAGACGGUGUGGUUUAAUGUAUUUUACUCAUAUAAUACAUUCUGAAACUACAUUUCUUCACAGGCUAUUUUGUGUUAAAACAGCACUGGAUGGAGAUAAAAAGUGACUUUAAUUUUUUUUUCUACAUUUACUUAUAAUUAUUUGUGACAUUGUGUGAAAAGAACUGAAGAAAUAAAUCAGUCAUUGAGAAGUUUAAAAACUUAUAUGUCCCAAUGACUUUACACUUCAAAGAAAUCACUUAUGCACAAGAAAUGUUUUUUAAGAAGACUGUAUUUUACAUAAGGUAUAAAUAAAGUUAGCAACCUCGUAGUUAUAAUAGGAACACAUCUUGAAUAUUUUAUUGGUUCUGUUUAAUGUCUAACAUUUAAAAAUAUAAAAGGUGCUUGUUUUCUUUAACAGAUGUAAUUCUUUAAAGGUACAUUGUGGAUUUUUCGACCACUGGCAGAGCU